CCCACCUGAAUCGCCCCGGCCCAAGGAACCUUCACUCUCGCGUCCCCCUAUAUAUGUCUCAUUUGCAGACAGCGUCCCCGCCCCCUGCUGAAGAGAUACCGCAUAGUCCAGGAGUGCCCCCGACAUCUCCUCCACCAAACCGAGUUCGUCGACCAUCAUGUACCUUUGCCGAAUCCGAGCAUCCCAGAAGCGGGCUGGCCAAGCCACGACGACGUUCUCUGCGCUCCCUACCGUCACUAGAUUCUCCGUCUCUCCGUGAUGCAGACGAGAGGACGUUGGGUGAAGAGACCGACAGCGAAUCUACCUUUAUACCACUCGACGAAGUCUUGACUCGAGAGGAAGAAGCCAUUACACGAUAUGGCGGUAACGACCCCGAGGACCCACCUGCGCGAGAUCCUAUAACAAGAUCCCUCUCCAUAAGAUCUGCAGUAUCCGAGGGCAAGGAUCGAAACCAGGUCGAAUGGGACGGGCCUGACGACCCUCACAACCCACAGAACUGGUCGACGAGGCGGAAAUGGUUCAUUACCUUCCUGUGUAUCCUGGCCUCUAUCAACGUUACUUUUGCGUCAUCUGCACCGUCAUCUGCCGUGGGGGGCCUAAUCGUUCAGUUCCAAAUAGGAAGAGAGGUGGCGGAGUUGAUUACAACGAUGUUUUUGCUGGGCUACUGUAUAGGGCCGUUAUUCUGGGGGCCUGGAAGCGAACUGUUUGGUCGGAGACCGGUUUUCGUCGUCGCGAUGCUCUCGUAUACUCUCCUGAUUCUGGGCCAAUCGCUCGCGCAAAAUGUACAGACCUUGUUGGUCACAAGAUUCUUCUCCGGGUUCUUCGCCUGUGCGCCGUUGACCAAUUCAGGAGGCGUCAUGGCGGAUAUAUGGGCCGCUGAGAUUCGAGGGUUCGCUGUCAGCCUAUUCUCUGCGAGCGUGUUCCUGGGACCCGUCCUUGGCCCUAUAGUGUCCGGAUACAUCGUAGAGAGUUACCUGAGUUGGCGAUGGGUAUUCUGGGUUAUGAUGAUCUUCGCCGGAUUCUGCACGGCGAUCAUGAUUCCAUUCUUCCCGGAGACCUGCGUCCCAGUUAUCCUUCUCAAGAAAGCGAGGAGACUUCGAAAGGAGAACCCGGAGAAGAACAAGGAUUUGUAUGCUGAACACGAGCGGCAGGAUUGGUCGAUGAAAGGGAUCCUCCAUCGAACGCUAUUCAGGCCAUUCAAGAUGUUAGCCAUGGAGCCUAUCCUCGUGCUGGUGACUGUGUACCUUUCGCUGGUCUACGGCCUCCUUUAUGCCCUUUUCUCCGCCUUCCCAGUGAUCUUCAUCGGUACCCGAGGGUUCACCAUCGCACAGACGGGCCUCGUCUUCAUCGGCGUUGGUAUAGGCACAAGCAUUGGCGCCAUCGUCAACGUUAUCACCUCUCUCCAUUAUCCGGAGCUCAUAAAGAAGUGGAAAGGCUUCCCGCCACCGGAAAACCGCCUGUUCAGCGCGAUGAUAGGCUCUCCUACCCUGGUUAUUGGUGCGUUUUGGCUGGGCUGGACAGGUCAGUAUUCGAGCAUACCUUGGUAUGUUCCGGCCAUCAGUACUGUUGUCGUUGGAGCUGGGAUUAGUAUGAUCUUUAUGUCGUUCCUUACUUACCUGGUGGACACGUAUCUCAUGUAUGCUGCAUCGGCACUGGCUGCAAAUACGGUGGUGCGGUCAGCUGUGGCGGCUGGGUUUCCGCUUUUCACAACACAAAUGUUCAACAACCUCGGAAUCAACUGGGCGUGCACCUUGGUCGCUCUGAUAUCGCUCGUCUUCAUGCCCUCGCCGUUUUUGUUCUACAAAUACGGCCCUCGGAUUCGGGAAAAGAGCACCUUUGCUCCAUGUGUGGAUUUGGUUGUCGCGAAGGCUAUGAAGGAGGAGGCGCAGAAGAAGGCGGAGGGGGGAGAUCUUCAAGAGACCCUCGUUUAA